CCCCAAUCUCCCAGUCUCACAUCGUACGAUCAUUGAUAAAGUUCUCAAAGCAGAAUCGGGCGAACACGUUACGCGCUGUCUAUUUUUGAAGGCAUUACAGAAACAAAUCUCCGCCGUCUGUCGUGUGUUGUUCUAGUCGUCUGUCCGCCAAAUCUAUAUAUCGGAAAAUGAAAAUGUGUUGUUAGGAACAACAAUACGUUCAAUACAAGUGAUCCCGAGAAAGCGAAAAAAGCGACAAAGAACGGGCCAAAAGUACUUGACAAAGAUGUGCGGCAUUAUCCAAACCCAUUAAUGAACUGUUGCAACUAAAUGAAAAAGAACUCCCCUAUUCUCCUCAUCCUUCGCGCCCAUAGCCAUUCCUUUAUUGCAGUGAUUCACUUACUCACACUCGAUUGUCCAAUGAAUUUCGUUGGUGUUGUCAACACACGUGUCUCGGACGUUUCAUCCUAGGUGCCCCCAUCGCAAUACCACCGCUACGGCGUCGGAACGCUGCUAGUGGCGAGCUAUUGCCUCCAUCAGAAUUUAGAGAAAAUGCAAAUUCCGAAAAAUUUGCUGCGAGUAAUUUUCAUGCUGUCAACAAUUGUCGCAGUCACAGAUUGUUGUUCUAGCCGAAUUUUAUUCCUCAAGGAGCAGACCUUUAACGUUAUACAACAACACAAAAUGCAACAGUACCAAAGUGAUGACCAACAUCAACCGAUGAAUGAGAAAUUUGAACAACAUGUUUACAACAGCAACACCGGAUCGUCGGAUAAGAUAUUCAAUAAAAACCACACCAAUGUCAAUGUGGAUGACGAAUCGCCCUCUGGCGAUGAGCAGACAAACGCCGAUGGUUUAAGCACAGCUGAAAACUCGGCCCACUUGGAUAGGCCGCCUCCGGCAGGUGAUGGCUACGCUGAUAUGCCCUUCGAAGAGCCACAAAGUCCAUCACAAUUCAUUGCGGAUCCUGCCGUGCGAGAGCAAUUGGGCGAUAACAAGGGCUACCAGCUAUUCGAUAUCUACUACACGAUAAUGAGAGACGUUCUCUCUUUCGCAUGCACCGGCCAAUUUUUGACGGAGUUCUGUUUGAACGGAGGACGCUGCUUUCGUUAUCCAGUCGGAAAUCACAGUUUCUUUUCCUGUGAGUGUGCCGAUGGCUAUGUGGGUGAACGUUGCGAAUCGAAGAGUGUUAAUGGAGUUAUUGUACCCACGCCUGGGUUGGAUGCCAAGCCGCCAAAAAUUCUAACCGCCCGAGUUGUGUUUUCGUUUCCCAUGCUGAUUUUUCUUUCGGUCACCUAUCUUUUCUUCGGCAUGGCCAUCGUCUUCAAAUGCCAACCGUCCUUUAGGCAUAAAAAUGCGCCGACACAUACUUCACGAGCAGCCGGUCUGCUCUUCUCGUGAACGUGUCAUCUCCCAUUAACGCGAGAUAAGUGCAAUCUUUCUUCAAUACGGCUCGCUCACGUCGCUCGUCGUAUAUCCGCUGCAAGGAAAAGCUUUUCCUCAACGCCGGUUCCGGUUCGAACGUUUCGUUAACCUAAACACCUAAACUAAAUUUAACCUUAACAUAAUAUAAUAGUAAUUAACCUUAUUCGUAGAUUAGAUUUUUUUUGAAUUCAAAACGAAUUUUUGAUAUUCUUAAGUCCUUCAUCUAGUUUUUGCGAGACUGCGCGCAGUAUGUAGUAUUUUUUUUUCUCAAAAAAUCGUUAUUUUUCUUUCUAGUUUUUCUUAAGUAGAUUUUGAUUCGCCGUAGUUGUUUUUUCUUAUCAUUUAUUUUCUUUGCACUUUGCACAAGAAGGAUCAUUUCCCAUGGGACCUGCUCCGAAAAAGCGCGCUUUUUCCCCCACCUUAAUGUUUAUUUAUAUACGUGGCUGCGUACAUUUGCCAACAAAUUUAUACAAUUCUACAUCUAUUAUUCUAACUGUAGUACUGAAGGCGCUUUCAGACUUUCAGAACAAAAUUUAUAUCGUAUUUUAUUAUCCGUAGUGCACUCCGAUUUUGUAACUUUCGAGUUACCCUCGUCAUCUUUUUUCAGAUGUCUUUAUUUUGUUAAUUGUCGCUUGUAAGAAAACACUCACAUAAAGCUUAUUUUAUACAACUAAUAAAAUGACGUAUACUAUUUGACAA